ACGAAGUCGUUUACAAAAUUGAAUGUUACAAACUGACGUCCGACCUUUGUCUUUGAAGCAAGCUGUAGUUCCAUGGAUUCGCAGGGCCAAACUACGUCGCUGCAACGACUUCAAAAUGUAGAAAAGAGAGUCGUGAGGGUUUUGGAACUCGCAGGAGGAGUCAUGGAUGAGCUGGCAAACCCAAUGGGUCCCAGAAAAGAAUUCAUCAACAACCAUUGCGGCGAGUUCAUGAAAUUGAUCAAGGACAUCCAAGUGACACUGCGGGAUGAGAUUAAGAGUGCGUGUGAGUACCGUCCGUUUGAGAAGUGUGAUUAUAGUUCAAGAAUAUCAAAUGAGAUCUGUUGCAAGAAACUGGAAUAUAUCCUUUCACAGUUGGAUGAGAUGAUGCGGACUAUCGAUGAAUAUCAUGGUACUGCUUGAGGCUGCAUGUGAUAGAUUUUUUUAGGCACUUUUCAUAUUGUUAACGAUACACAAAUUGUUGAAAUUUAUUUAUGUCAAUUUUAGUAUUUAGGAGGACAUAGGAUAUCUAAUGUUAUUCUUGAUCAUUUGUUUUUGUUAUAAGUUGCUCAAGAAAUGUAGGAUAAAGCUUCUACAUUCC